AUGUUUCAAUCCAUGGAAAGUUUUGCAGACACGGAAGUACAAAAAAUUCAAUUCAACUCGCAAGAAUUGCUGGCCGUUUUGGUGGCUUCCGCAUCCAUUUUGUCACUCUCGGGAGAACAUUACGACGUCGUUCCUCGUGAUUUGGUCAAUUUGACCUUUGGAGUUCCCUUGUUGUUUGCAUCUGCCUACGAGUCCUCUCUGAUACCAGGAGUUUUGGCCUAUCAGCUGUAUUCUUCUUUGACCUAUGUCUUGGCCUUUCGUGCAUCACCAGGAUGGGUUUUCUUUUUGCAUCUAAUUGUUCUUUGCAUGAGUGCUUCCAAAUUUUGGGAGACUACAGAAGGUUUCAAAACACUUUUCUACAGUAGUACUACUAGUACCACUAGUAGUGACGACGAGGAGAAGGAGGAGGACGAACCUGUAUCGAAAGCAACAUCCAACUAUGCUGGAGGUAUUGUAAUGUUUUGGGGAAUUGCGGUAUCAUUACGAUCAUCCAUCCGAAUGGAACUAUUUGCCUCAUACUUUGGAAAUGAAAGUCUUAUGACAGAAUCAUCCGCUGUGGAUGCCACACAACUCUUGUUGGGAGUUGUUUGGAUGCUUGGCGGGAUUCAACUCUGUCGACAUGCCAAUGCCCAUUUGGGGUUGUGCCUCCUAUUGCAGCUCUCGUCGUUUAUCUAUGGGUCGCUCUUGAUCCUGCUCAUUCAAUACUGUGUCAUGGAGAAUGCAGCAACAACAGCAGUCGAUGAUGAUUCCUCACAAGUGGAAGAUGCGGCAACGCUUGGCAUGAUGGCACUCUCAGUCAUUCUCCCCCUGGAACGAUUCUUUUCUCAGGUUUCCUUGAGACAGACUACGCCAUCAAAAGUAUUGGAGAGCUGA